AUGUCAUCCGAACGAAGUGUCGAGUUCAAGACUUAUGAUGGUCUGAAGCUUCAAGGCACAUUUUAUCCUGCUGGAGAAAGACGGCCCUGUAUUAUCAUGACGGCCGGCUUCAGUGGAGAAAGGUUUCAGUACUUGCCAGACUUUGCCCGGCGAUUUCAAGCCGCCGGGUUUGGUGUGCUGCUGUAUGAUAAUCGAAACUUUGGUGAAAGUGAAGGUGUUCCCCGUCACGAAGUUGACCCCGAUAUGCAAGCAAGGGACUACUUUGACGCGUUCAAUUAUGCCACUACACUUACUGAGGUUGAUCCCAGUCGGAUCGUGUAUUGGGGCUCCAGCAUGUCUGGUGGAAAUGUUAUCCAGGCUGCAGCUCUCAACAGCAACAUUGCUGCCGUCAUCGCUCAAGUUCCCUUUGUUUCCGGCGACGGGCUAUCCCGAGUUAGCCGGCAACCACCUGCGACCUUAGUCAUGGAACGCGGAAAUGCUGUGACCACGGGCAACCCUACCAUGAUCCCUACGUACCCCGAGCUGCGGGAUGGCGCUGUCCACGAUAAUCCUGGUGCGAUUCUUGCUGGCCCAUCAGCGGUCAAGUUCAUCGAGGAGAUGGUUCGUCGCGGAUACUCCUGGGUUGAGACGGUGACGGCUCAGAGUGUCGCAAAUUGCAGCCUUUCCGAGCCGCUUGCUUAUAUUCACCAAAUCUCUCCAACUCCGUUGCUUAUGAUCGUGGCAGAUGACGAUACCAUCACUGAUACGCGAUCUCAAUUCGAAGCUUUUGAAAAGGCGCUUCAGCCUAAGAAGCUGGUUAUCAUGAAUGGCGAAGACCAUUUCAGUGUCUACUUCGGAGAAGCCUUUGAGAGGAACAUCGCCAGACAGAUCGACUUCCUGGAAGAGGCAUUGGCCCUUUGA